AAGAGAGAGAAAAGAUCUUCUAUUUUCCUUUUUUCAUAAAAUGGAUACUUACGAGACGAAUGUAGGGGAAGAGGAGGACCUAAAGUCCCGUCCUCAUUUCGUUGACAAUACUUUACCACGAGAAGCACUCCAGACCAUGGACCAAUUGAGAAGGAACUCUGAACUAACGGAUGUGGAGCUGGUAGCUGAUUCUCAAGUUUUCAGAGCGCACAGAGUCGUCCUCGCCGCCUCUAGUAUGUACUUUAGGGCAAUGUUCACUAGACAGAUGGCAGAGAGUGGACAAAGAAGGAUUGUCAUACAAGGUGUUGAACCUUCUGCUUUGUCCUCCCUCAUAAAAUUCGCUUACACUUGUGUCCUUGAGAUCAACGAGGAGAAUGCUCAGAGUUUACUAGCCGCAUCAAACUUCCUACAAAUGCUGCACGCUGGUGAGGCCUGCUGCCAGUUCCUCAAGGAUCGCCUUGAUUCCGUCAAUUGUCUCGAUGUUGCUGAUUUCGCUGAGUUCCAAUCGUGUCAAGAUCUCCUUGAUGCAGCCCUCACCUAUUGUAGACGCCAUUUCACAGACGUUUCAAGAAGCGAGAGAUUCGUACUUAUAUCAUACAACAGAAUGAAGCACUUUCUAUCCAGCAACGAUCUUUUAUUAUCCGAAGGCGAAGAGUCUGUCUUUAAUGCUCUAGUCCGAUGGGUCAAACACAACACGCAGGAGCGUAGUGGUCAUUUCUACGAAUUACUAGACCACAUUAAGCUCCCUUUGCUAGGCCAAGAGUUCUUUGCUGUUGAAGUUGCUGCUAAUUCGCUUGUAAGCAGCAACGAGCAGUGCAUGAAACUGAUAAGAGAUGCUGCUCGAGCUUUAUAUAACGAUUCAUAUCCAAACAACCUCUCUCACCUCUCUCGCUUGCCUACUCAAAUUCCAAUGAAAUGGUGGCCUAGGGAUACUCUUAGAGCCGGUGAAGUCAUUCACAUACUAGGUGGUGUCUCUGAGCAUGAGACAUUGGGUAAUGUUGAAUGUUAUGAUCCUGAAACUAAUCGUUGGGUUGUUGAUCUGAUACCACAAAUGAACUACAGGAGGAGUGGCGUAGGCGUUGCUGUACUUCAAGGAUUACUAUUUGCAAUUGGUGGCUAUCUUGAAGGAAAGACCAGCACUGAUGCUGUUGAAUGUUAUAAUCCUAGAACAAUGAGAUGGACCCAGGUGUCCAGUAUGUUAACAGCUAGGAUGAAUCUUGGUGUUGGUGCCAUUAAAGACAUGAGAGAUGCUGUUACUGGUGCCACUUUCAGUGCAAUAUAUGCAAUAGGAGGCUACAGUGGUAAAUCAAUACUAGGAACUGCAGAGAAGUAUGACAUGCAGACUGACACAUGGAGCGAAAUAUCACCAAUGAAAACACCAAGAAGGAAUGUUGGUGUUGCAGUUAUAGAUAAUUUGUUAUACGCCGUCGGUGGCAGUAACAGAGACGAUGGGACUCGGUCUAACCUCAACUCAAUGGAGAGAUACAAUCCUGAUAGAGACGAGUGGGAGGAGAUGCCACCAAUGCACCGGAGCCGUGGGGCGGCCAGUGUCACUGCACUGGGUGGCUGUCUUUAUGCCGUGGGCGGAUAUGAUUCCGGCCAGUGGUUGUGUGAAGUGGAGAGAUUCGAUCCCCAGAUGAACCAAUGGUCAAUGAUAGCUCCAAUGCACCAUAGCAGGACUGGGGUAGCCGUUACUGCUCUUAAAGGUGAGGUUUAUGCUAUCGGUGGAUACAAUGGAGUUAAAACUGUUGACGUCGUCGAGAAAUUUGAUCCUGAGGAAGGAACAUGGAAGGAAGUAGCACCUUUGACUUAUGGGCGGAGUGUUCCUGGCAUCGCUGUAGCUUAUCUCUGGCCUGUUCAGUCAACGAUGAGGAAGUUCUGGGAAAAUACCGAUCAACAAUUAUAAUAACCAAAUAAUAAUUAUUGUUAUUAUAAUUACAACUAUAGUCUCAAUUGCAUAGUUAUGACGUUAUGUUCAUCUUUGGUACAAUGUACCACUAUGUUCAUAUCAUAUACUAUAACCCUCUCUCUCUGUCUUCUCUCUCUCUGUCUUCUCUCUCUCUCUCUCUUCUCUUUUCCUUUCUUUUAUUCAUAAUAAUUACUAAUCAUGUGUCAGAUUUUGUUAGACUUUCUCUCUGUAUAA